CGAUGGAGCUUGACAUGAGUGCCAAGGUAACAUAGAAAGGACUAAAAGGCCCCUUAUAAAUAGGUGUAGUUAUCACUAAGAUCAAUUUGCAAUCGGGGUUUACGGUAAUUUGCUCGAUACUUUUGGGAACCGUUAAAACAAAUAAAAUUUCGUUACAUCAGAUAUCAUUUAUUUUCUACGGAUUAGUCUUUAUAAGGCAGAUGUUUAAGACCCAAUUUAGACUUUCGUAUAAGGAGUGGUCAUUGCCUAAGCAUUUAUAUAGAAAUAUUUCACUCCUGCGUGGGAGCCCCAAAGUCGUGGUAACAAUAGUGAUAUAGUGCGACCGUCAGAAACAAGUCAGACUUAUGCGAAAAGUGUUGGUUUAAAAAAUAUUUCAAUUAUUUAAUUAUACAGUUAAUAAUAUUGAUAAAAUAUGAUUGCCGUAGAAAAAUAUAUUUACAUUUUCUCAUCGGUGUUGUUGAUAGUGGUUCAGUUAAAUGCGGUGACAGUGAAUCCUGGUCUGUGUCCGACGAACAAGAUAGCUCCACAUCGUCGACAAGCUGACUGGGAACAGAGCGGGCCACGGACCUUCGGUUUGAUACACGACUUGUUUGUACCACCCCGGCGGCCACAGAAACCCAAUCCGUAUAACGAUUUAGAAGAACCACCUCAGGAGGAAGAUCCGGAAGAUUGUGGAGAAAUAGAAGAUUACGAUGAAACGGAUCUAAGCUCUAUUACACCAGGCGGCCAGAAGAAAAAGCAGGAUAGGAACGAUCGUUACUUUUUCGGCAAUGACUAUAUUAAUUCUCAAAACCAAUACCCAGGACAAAAUCAAUAUCCUUCAUCGCCAUAUCGUCCACUCAGACCAACAAGGCCUCCUUACAAUUUUGAAGGGAAUUAUGGCUCGAAUUACUAUAGACCUUCAUCAAAUCACAUAAAACCAGUUCAAGAAAAUUAUUACGACAGACCACAGUCAGUUUAUCGGCCGGGUGUUAUUGGUGGUGCUCUUGGGCACAUAGUUGGAUACCCCACUGUUAGACCCACCACUGAAGAUCCGAUACGCAGAAAGCACGGGUACCACGUCCGUUUCCCGAAAAACGACGCGCAUAUUAACAGAAGACUCAGCAGGUCACAGCCCUCUCAACAAACGCAUCAUGCUCCAAACAUUUUCGGAUCAUUUUUCGACCUCUUAUUCCAUUAAAUUAUGAUGACAUUA